AUGACGUCUGUUGAGGACAAGGCCGUGCAUACUGUUGCCGAGAAGCAGCCAGCAGAUGGGGUAGCCACCGCAAAUGCUGACAUUGAGGAGCUGACCGAGAAGCUCGCAGCCAUGCCAGCCGUGACUGAGGUCACAGCGGUUCUCGAGGAUCCCUCUGCGCCUGCUAAGGAAGAAGAGGAGACAGCUGGGGAGAAGAAGGAUGAGGGCAAGGGUGCUGCGAAGGAGUCUCCCAAGGCUGAGGAGGCUCGUCAAGAGUCUCCUGAGACGGGGUCUCCUAAAGAAGAGGUUCCUGCUGAAGUGGACUCCACCAAGAUCGAAGCGUCUCCCAAGGAAGAGGUCCCGGCUAAGGAAGAAUCCCCCAAAGAGGAGCUCCCCGACAAGGACGACGGGCCCGCCCCUGUUGCCGAGGAGAAGCCGCGUGUGCGCGUGUUCGGCUCGACGGUGUCGGGCAACCGCAUCUACAAGAAGCAGAUAAAGGAUCUGUUCCUCAUGCUGGAUGCGAACGAGAUCGAGUACGAUUUUGUGUGCAUUGCCGCGGACCAGGUGGCGAAGCGGCGGAUGAAGGUCAAGUCGCUGGGCAACAUGACCAUCCCGCAGAUCCACGUCGACGGCGAGUUCAAGGGGUGCUACGACGACGCAUUCAAGGCGAACGAAAUCGACGAGCUGUACGAGUGGCUGGGCCUGGACGAGGAUCCGGUCGACUUUUAA